AUGGAGGACCGAAAGGACAUCUACCCGCGAAUUGAGCUGGUGGGAACACUUCCAGCUGGGCAUGGGAAGCCAAUCCGAAGCUCAGGCGAUGGCAUGAUCUAUACUGGCGGUCUGAAGCCCGCCGUGGGCGGCAUCAAGAAGAUUACCAUGGCUGCCGCAAAGCAGGCCGGAAAGCAUAACGUCCCAGCUGAUGUUGCGUUCGGGUACAUCGUCCACAACAGAGACGGAUACGCCGAGUACUGGACGACGCGCUGCGGAAACAGGAAAGUUAGGACGACAAAUCGGGUCAGUAUGCAAGGCUUGACUUUCUGCGGCAUCUGGCUGGCUUUCCCGAAAUUGUCGGCUCAAGCACAACAUGCGGUGGUCAAGAAACAGUUGCCUGUAUUCUCAGCGAAUGGGGCGAUUCUUGCGCGGGAUAGGAAGCAGGAGAAGUUGAAUGAAGGAUCUUCAGGCGUGACUGGCAAGAUUGGGCGCCAUCUUGCCAAUACGUUCUGCUAUUCCAUGGCAGGCAAUAACAACUACCGUCUUUAUCAGCAUGCGGACGGGCAGAAGAGGUCUGGUGGCACGAACUAA